UUCACACCUUUAGAGGAUGACCCUGUGGACAGAUGUUCCCUUUCCUUUGACUUAUACUUAAUCUUGCAAGUUUCCUUCUGUAGCCCUUCUUUGAACGGUAGGAGCAGGUUCAGAAGACGGGUGAAUGCCAUUGAGUUUGUUCCUGGGCAGCCCUACUGUGGCCGUACUGCCCCUUCCUGCACUGAAGCAUCCCCGCAAGGCUCAGUGACCAAGGAAGAAUUGGAGAAAGAGCAAACGGCAGCAGAAACCAAGCGGCAGCUUUGCCCCUAUGCUAUGGUCGGAGAGUGCCGGUAUGGGGAGAACUGUGCGUAUCUCCACGGAGACUCCUGUGACAUAUGUGGGCUGCAGGUCCUCCAUCCGAUGGAUGCUGCCCAGAGAUCUUGCAUUGAGGCCCGUGAGAAGGACAUGGAGCUCUCAUUUGCUGUCCAGCACAGUAAGGAUGUGGUGUGUGGCAUCUGCAUGGAGGUGGUCUAUGAAAAAGCCAACCCCAGUGAGUGCCACUUUGGGAUUCUCUCCAACUGCAACUACACUUCCUGUCUCAAGUGUAUUCGCAAGUAGAGGAGUGCUAAGCAAUUUGAGAGCCAGAUCAUAAAGUCCUGCCCAGAAUGCUGGAUCACAUCUAACUUUGUUAUUCCAAGUGAGUACUGGGUAGAGGAGAAAGAAGAGAAGCAGAAACUCAUUCAGGAUUACAAGGAAGCAAUGAGCAACAAGGCGUGCAGGUAUUUUGAUGAAGGACAUGGGAGCUGCCCAUUUGGAGGGAACUAUUUUUACAAGCAUGCGUACCCUGAUGGCCGUAGAGAGGAGCCACAGAGACAGAAAGUGGGAACAUCAAGCAGAUACCGGGCCCAACGAAGGAACCACUUCUGGGAGCUCAUUGAGGAAAGAGAGAACGGCAACCCCUUUGACAACGAAGAAGAGGAGGUUGUCACCUUUGAGCUGGGCGAGAUGUUGCUUAUGCUUUUGGCUGCAGGUGGGGACGACGACCUGACAGACUCUGAAGAUGAGUGGGACUUGUUUCAUGAUGAGCUGGAAGAUUUUUAUGACUUGCAUCUAUAGCAGCUUGGCGUGGCGGGUGAACUGGUCUGCUGAGCCUCAGGCAGUAGCUGUCCCCUGUGGUGGUGUGGUAGUGCCCGAGCUUCUCUCCUAGGCAGGCCUGUCAACUCCAGGUGCUGUCGUGAUCCUUCUUACCCAGGGCCUGUCUCAAUCCCUCACCUUUCCCCAAGGAGUGUGUUUUUUUCUCUGUUUAAAAAAAAAGUUACAAAAAUAAAUCUUAAAGCUAGUUUUUUUGUAACAUGAAUUUAACUGUCAGUUAGCGUAGGUCUGUUGCAUCAUCUGUUUUCCACCAGAUUGACACCAUUCUAGGGUAGCGUUGAUGGACUCUCCACACUUACUCGGAGGACCCCAGGUUCAAGAACAGCAUUGGCCCUGCUUUGGGGUACAAGAAUAGAGGUGAUGGGUGAUGGAUCUGCACUGUGGCACGUAGCCUGCCACAGACUUAUGAGGUGGAUACCCGAGGUUUCUGGUGAAAUCUGCACAUCUGUGUUUUUAAAUCUGUUCCCUACCCCAUAACCCCCACUGUGCACCUGUUCUGUGGUUUUGGUCUCUUGUUGAAUUGUGCACGUCAUACUACUGGGUAACCAGAACCAGGUGUGAAUGUGUUGAGAUUUUUACUGUGUUUAGCACGAUAGGAAAGUUGAGAAGGAACACGUACAACAGAUGUAGUAGCCUAAGUGAACGGCCGAGCUGGAAGCGGACUCCCGAAGGCUGAUGGACUUGGUGUGUGUGAGUGUGUGUGAGAAGCUCCUCGUCCCUGCAUAGAUGUUGUGUUCUUAGCCUUAGUGGAAAAACUUUGGUUUAGUGGUUUCAGCCUCAUAUGGCACAUAGAUUGUAAAGGACAAAGCAGGAUAUUGGUAGCUGUUGGUAGAGCGGUGCUAGCUAGCUCUGUCUGUAUAAAUAGAGAAAUGGGCUUAGCCACAGAGAGGUCACCUGUCUGCUGGUCCCAUUCAUUAACACAAACCAGGGCUCAGAUACACAGUUGUAUUUAAUGUUUUAGGGUCUCCCAGCCUCUCCAGCCCAGGCACUUUUGGACAAAUGUUUGUCCUCGUUUGAGGUUUUGUUGUCAGGUUUUUGUGUUUGUUUUUGUGGGUAUUUGCCUCAUACCAUCCCUGAGCUUUGCAGGUAGACAGAUGUGAUUCAGAACUUAGUUCAAGGUGUUUCUUGUAUUGGGGUCAUUGGUUGGCAGGAGUAAGUCAUGCUUUUCCACUAAAAGGGGGGCGGGGGUGGUAAUCCACGAGACGAGCUAAAGUUAAGUUGUUAGAAGAAGAUUGGAAACUUUAGCUUUGAGUUUUGUUGCUCUAGGUCCUAAAGUAACUUGGGAGAUGCUCCUCAUUUGUCCAUCUACUGCUUUGAUUCAUUCCUUGGACCCCACCCAUUCUUUCACUCUAAGAAAAAACAAGUAAUUGUUGAAGAGGUCUCUGUAUUUUGCAGCUGCCCUUUUGUAAGAAGCACUUUUCCCAAAUAAAACAAUACCCCCCCCCAAAAAAGAAACGUAUAUAAAACCCUUAAACAGUGUCUGGAACAAAAUGAGCCCUCAGUAAAUGUACAAAAUGAGCCCUCAGUAAAUUGCUGUCAUUAUUGUUAUUGCUGUGAUGAUGAUGAUGACGAUGAUGAUGAUGUAUCCACUUCUCAGGAAAACAGGCAAAUUUUAUGAGAAAAAGAGUGUGUGUUCUGUUUACGGUGAAGUUGCUGGAUAAAUGUCAGCAUAAGGGAUAUGUAAGAUGAAUCAAGGCGAUCAGUUACCUUCCCAAUUUCCUAAUGCCACUCUUCACUUUCCAUCCUUUCUAGGGUCCGCAGCUUGCCACAUUAUUCCAUUUUUCAUUAUGCAGCAUAUUUAAAUGUUUUACUCUUAACACUUCACAUGUGCCAGAUGUGUAAAAACGAAACUUUUUAUUUGUAGCUAGACUCAAUAUGUCUUACGUGGUCUUUAUAAGGUUACAGUCCAGUUCUGACCACAAUUUAGUGAAACUGUUAGAAAAUGAAAUUACUAGAAAAUGCUUUAAAUGUUGACAGAAAGGUAUAAAUAAAAAUUUGUUUCUAAUAUAAGCUUUCUAAUCUAGGAUAAAAGGUAUACAUUCUAUAAUGUCUGAUUUAGAACCAGAUAGGGUCAUAAAAGUUUUUAGUUUAAGGUACAUAUGGAAUUAGAUCAAGAAAUAUAUAUAAAUGUACAAAGU